AUGGAAGAUGAAUCUUCAAGUAGUUUGCAAUUGAUAGAAGAAAAUGUUGUGACUGAAAUGAUGAAUGUAAUUGAUGUAGACGAGUCUAAGGUUGGGAUGAUGUUCGAAAGUUAUAAACAGUUGCUUGAGUAUUACACGGGUUACAGCAAGUCAAAGUCCACUUCAAAAAAUCCAUUGAAGUUGCAUCCAAGCAAAAAAGUAGGUUGUAAGGCUAAGGAUUGUCGACCGAGUGAAAGUGAUGCCAUUGGGCUUGUUGAUGGUCAACCCACGAGUGAAGCGAUUGAUGUACUUGGAACACAAGAAAAUAUUGGGAUGACAUUGUAUGAAUGCUACUGGUUGUAUGAAGCUAAUGUGAUAAUUGAUUUUUUAGCAUCCUUAGCUGUUCAUAAUGGGAUUUCUACUGAUUUUCUGGUUGUGGUUUUUGCAGGCAUUGUAGUUGAACAGAGGUUUUCAGAGGCUGAACUGGCUGUUGAUAUGGUCCUGGACAAUGGGUUGGUUGACUGCUUGUGGCUCGUUGGUUUACUGGACAAUGGGUUGGUUUAUGAGGAGGAAGAACAUCGUUCAGUUCAAGAGGAGGAGAACAGCGUCGGAUUACUGCUUGUGGCUCGUCGUUUAGGUGGAUUUUUCGGUGAAGAAGCUCGUCGUUCAUGCGGCUGGUGUCGAUUGAAUGAUUCAGGUAGUGAGAAUGUGAGAAGAAGGCUUUGGGGAAGAAAUUUUAGGGCUGGUUGGGGAGAGAGAAUGUGA